AUGUCCUAUUUAAAUCAACAAAAACGAGGUCGUUACGCGACUAACGCAUGUACCAAUUGUAGAAAAAGGCAUGUAAAAUGUUCCCAAGGCACUACUUGCAAAAAUUGUGCAUCGCACAAUAUUAUGUGUAUUUAUACUAAACCUAAAAAACGAGGACCAAAAGUUUCGAGCGGGUCAGUUAACGGUUUUGAAAGUAACUUCGGUGAAGAUGCAAGUAUCGAACAGGAAAACGCAUUGACUUCGCUUGGAUAUAUCUUUUGCGGAUUUAUUCCGAUUUAUCCCGACUAUAACGAAGACCUUUUUCCUAAUCAAAUACAUUUUGAUACUAUUAUGCCAAAUAACGGCAUGCCCGAUAAUAUUAAUGACACACAUACUUUACCUAGCUGCACUUCCUCUAUUGCUUCUAAUUUAGAUUGUCCUUUUAUUUAG